AAAAAUUCGAGUUCUAAAUCGUCGUCUUCAGUAUUUGGUGAAAAGAUUUCAGCUGAUGAUGCUGAUUUAUUUGGUUCAAGCAAACCCAAUGAACAAAAACAACAAGAUAAUGAUAAUUGGAUUUCGUCUACUGACCUUUCAUUUUUAGAAUCCUUUACCAAUUCCAAAGCUUCAAAUUCACGCAAAUAUCAGCAAGAUUCAUUUUUUGAUUUUUCAGAAUUUACUAGUGAUCCAAAGUUGCCUUCAAAAGUGCAACCACAGAACGGUUCAGAUGCAUUUUUACGAUUGAUGUCACAACAAGUUGAUAAGGGAAAUACAUUUUCAAUAAUUAAUAAAAUUUCUAAAGUGAAACAGGAACAAGCACCACAAAAUAUAUUCGAUUCAAAUCCUAAACAAUUGUAUACGCCUUCAAUGAAUGUUGGUUCUACAACGGAUUCUUCGGAAUUUGGUGACAUGGUAUCAGCAUAUGAUCAUCGAACUUUGCAAGAUGAUUGGAUGUCAAGUACAUCAUCAAUAAAUCAAGAUAAUUGGAUGUCAAAUUCUGGACUUUCAUUUUUAGAGACUUUAAAAACUACUUCUUCCUCCAAUCUUAAAUCCAAACAAAUUUUUGGAGAUUUAGAUGAAUUUAUAUUAACCUUUAAGUAA